CUUCAGUUGUAGCGGUUUGUGGGUGAUGGAGAAAUAACGGCGAAUAACGGAAACCCCAGGAACGCCGCAUCCCAGUGAGGACAGACAGAGGGCUGCGCCACGUUUUCCUGGGGACCGGUCACGUCAGCCGGGGUUGGUUGUUGUUGGGUUCGUGUCUGCUCUUGACACGGUCAUCCAGACAGACACCCACCCACCCACCGGUAAAGGGGCGGGCAACGUCUCACCCGCAGCUAGGAGGAACGUCAGAAGAAAGGGAGGUCGGGAGUAUCGGGACAGCUCCUGUCUCGUUAAAUAGUUGUCACGAUAAGCCCCGCCCUAACUACUGGUGUCCUGACCACGGCUUGGUGAGGGGAAGAUGCAGCAUAAGGGGCCGGCCCGGUGAUAUCUCUCUUCCUCUGCAUCUGCGCACAGCCCCGGAGUGAGGGAACGGAGAAGGCAGGCCCAGCCGGUCGGGGAGACGGCCUUUACUUGUAUCGCAGAGAGCUGGGUCUCAGCCGCCGGGUGUGUCCCGGGGCACCAUGGUGGAGAAGCAGCGCUGCCCCCUGCAGAGGGACGGCGUGUACCGCUGGUUCUCUGAGCUGUCCUCUUCCCAGCGCAUCGAGUUCUUGUGCGGCCUGCUGGACCUGUGCCUACCGCUGGAGCUGCGCUUCCUGGGCUCAUGCUUGGAGGACCUGGCCCGCAAGGACUACCACUCGCUGCGGGACUCUGAGAUCAAGGCCAACAACUCGGCCGACCUGGGCAGCCUCACCAACCUGGCGGACGAGGUGGUGCGCAGCAAGCUGCUGGUUUCCUUGGCACUGCUGGCCUCCGACAACCGGGAGGCGGCAGGCGUGCUGUGCCGAACACUCACUCACAUUGACUCCAUCAUCAACAACUUGGGCCUGCAGCUCAAUGAGGGCCGCACCGGGGACGAGUUCCUGCUGCUCUUCACCAUGGCCACUAACCACCCGGCCUUUAGCUUCCACCAGAAGCAGCUGCUGCGCAAAGAGCUGGCCCAUAUCCAAGGGAGGCAUGGUGCCAGCUCAGGACCCCCGAGCGUGUCCACCACCACCACCACUGCUGUUGGCAGCAGCAAGGUCUGCACUAAGAUGACUACAAGAACAGAGACCUCAAUAAACAGCAUCGGUAACAGCUUAGCAAAUGCACUACACACAUCAGCACAUUCCAUUGAAGAUCCGAUACCCAAGAGGCCUUCUGGAAAGCACUCCAAAGUGAAUGUUGAAAAGAUUGAACUUAAGCUUUUGCCACCUAAGAAGAAAGACAAGAAUGCUGACUGCUGUUUUGAGGUAUUUUGGUCAGAUUCCUCUGUGUCCUUGGUUACCAAAUCUUCAGCUGAAGUUACAGAGUUAAUUUCUAAGCUCUCUCAUAUAUUUGAAGAAGAUUUGGAAAAAUGCAUUCCUUACCGUGUUGGCAUGGACACUUAUUCAGUGGACAAGAACCAUGUGGAUCCUGAUUUCGAUCAUCGGUGUUUGGCGUCGCUGCCUCCCCAUGUAUUAAAGAGUGACCUUAUUAAGAAAUUUUUCAAUACAUCAGCAAACCACCAACAGCAUCAAAACCUAGGUCCCAACAAUCCAUCCCAUGUGAAAGCGAGCACAUCUUUAGGCACUUCUGUACGACCGAUAUGUGGUGUGGCCAGUAUACAGUCUUCACACAGCAGCAUUGCUUUGCACCACAGUGGAGCCACAGUGAGCAUGACCCCAUGUUCAAGCUCAACCUCUAUAACCUAUCGGCCUACAGUGGAGCAGCCGACCUCUACAGGAGUACCUUCCAGUGUGCCAAGCCCUCAAACUCAAGAACAGCAGGACAUAUUAGAGUGGCUCAGAAAGUUGCGACUACACAAAUACUAUGCAGUUUUCAGCCAGCUGUCCAUGAAAAAGUUCUUGAGUCUCACUGAGGAAGAUUUAAAUAAGUUUGAAUCUCUUACGAUGGGAGCCAAAAAGAAGCUGAAGACUCAGCUGGAGCUUGAGAAAGAGAAGUCUGAAAAAAGGUGUCUAAAUGCAGCAUUGUGUACCUUCACCAGCAGUGGAGUCGCAAGGGUUCCCCCUACCAAUCAUGUGGGACCUGUUCAAAAUGUCCAUUGCACCCAUUCUGCAGAACUGUCUGUAGAUGUGGAUCCCACAGCCUCUCAGAUGCCUCAAGAAGGCAGCUCAUCAUCAGAGUAUUCCAGCUCUCCAUCGAGCCCAAUGGGACUCCAGACCCGAGAAGAGAGCUCUGAUAGUGCAGAGGAAAUGGACAGACCCACUUCAAGAUGUAAAGAAGCAGACUUUAGAAGAGGUCUUGGAAGGCACUCGGAAUGCUCAGAAAAGGAUAAGUCUGUCUUGCUGGUGAAUCACUUUACAUCAAGUUCAGUUCGUCCAACAGCUCAGGUUUUACCAGUGCAAAAUGACAGCAGUUCCAGCCCUUCAAGCCAUCAUCCAGUACCGCUUCAGAUCAUAGCUGGGGCACCGUCUCACAUUGCUCCCCUUCACCUCAUGAGCACUUUGCACAAAUCAGACCGGGGUAGCACAGAGAUUAAAAUCCUUCAAUCAUCUCCACACUCCAUUUUGUCUUCAGAAGACAGAAGUAAACCUUCAUCUGGAUCCAGAAGUGGAAUGAAAAUAGAAAAGAGUUUUGGAAACAUGCUUCUGGAUGUCAAAGCAUCUUCCAGCCCAUUACAACCUGGUCAGAUUCUUUCCAUAAUUCCUGAUGGCAGCUCCAUUCAACAGACUGUAAACUUUGGUGUACGGGGCAAAGUGGGAAAUACUCUAUCUGGGGAGAGGACGAUAAAAUCAACUCAACAGCAAGCCCUAAUGGUGGAGAGCAGUUCCCCCGCCACCAUGCCAUCCACUCCAGUCUUCCAUGUGACCCGCACACCAGUGAAGCUUCUUGUAUCAUCUUCAGAUUCUUCUGUGGUUGGACAGAUAACCUGCACUAGUGUCUCUCCUGCAAUAAUAAACCCCAGAAGUGUUCUGUAUACAGCCAAUACCAAAGUUGCCUUUUCUGCUAUGAGUGGCAUGCCUGUAGCCCAAAUGUCCGGCAACUUCUGCGCAAACAGCAGUGCCACCACCAGCAACCAUGCCUCUACGUCAUAUAGUAAUGUGACAAACUUGCCAAGCUGCCCUGUCCCUAGCUCGAGCCCUUCAAUGUCCUCUACAUCUGAAAACAGUUACUACAGCGGCAGUGGCAAUGCACCAACCAUGAACAUUCAAAUUUCCAACCAGACUCCCAGCCACCACCACGUACACCAUCAGCAACAACAGCCACCACAGGCGGGGUGCACGGUCUGUAGCUCCUGUGGCUGCAGUGGCAGUUGUGGGUCUGGUGGUGUCACUGUCAAUUAUGGUAACUAUUUCCAGCAUCAGUUUUCGACGCCCUCAAUGUUUCCCUUCUCCUUCAUGCCCUUCAGCCCAAUGUGCAAUAACGGAUACAUUAACACUCAGCAAUACAACAACAGCGGUUCAUUUCCUGUAGUGCACACACCAUACAAUAACAGCUUGAAUCCAGAUUCUAUGCUAACGGGGCAACCCAGCUUUUCCUUGCCUCCGAUGCAGAACUUUAUAACUGGCACAGCAGGGGUGUACCAGCCUCAGGGCAUGAUGGGAACCAUUAAUGGCACAGCUCACAAAAAGAGUGGGAACAUUUCAUGCUAUAACUGUGGUGUCAGUGGCCACCGAGCUCAGGACUGUAAACAGCCAUCAAUGGAUUUUAAUCAGCAAGGAACUUUCCGUCUUAAGUUUGCUCCACCAUCAGAUGGCCUGGACUCUGGCGAUUAACCAUCUGGACCUAGGUCUCCUCACCCUGCGUCCUUCAUCUAAAGGUGCUUUAGUUUUACCCAGGCUAAAGUGAAAUACGUUCAGGGCCGAUGUUUCUGUAUUGCCAAAUUUUGCUUCAAAGAAAUCAUUACUCUUAAUGGCGACAUGAAGACCUUGGCCUGUGUAAACCUCAUGUUUUUUAGGACUUGUAGAAAAGUUUCUCUGGUGAAGAACUUUGUUUUUUAUGUUUUUUUUUCAAGCGUUAUGGAAAACAUUUAGGGCAGCUACAAUAAACAUCAAGGUAAAUUCUAAGAGGUAACAGUCCUGAGACUUGCGUCUAUUAACCUGCGUUAAAUGACAUAAGCGCACGAUAGGAAGUCACUGGGAUUCUUGUAGAUUGCACUAGGGUAGGACUAUCCAGUUUUUGUCUUUUUUAUGUAUGUAAAUUUUAUUGGGAUACAAGAAAUGUUGGACUGCCUAUUAAAAGACUAAAUUCUUUAUCCUCUUCCUCUGGCAGUAAACCCCAUUAUACUUUAUAUCUAUAAGGAAUUUUGCACUUUAAUUUUUUUAUAUCUAUGUUUAUAUCUUAUUUGAUCUGUGUUAUGAAGGGGAUGCCUCUGGGAGUGUGUCUCAUCCCUUAAAAAGAAGCAAAAUACAUGUGUUAUAACCAGAAAGAAGAUUUCCUGCUUGCCAUUAAGUAACUACAAGCACUAGGGUCUGGGACCUUGAACCUGACAGUAUUAUCUGUGCUGAGGAUUUGAAUCCAAGGGCUAUAGCUUCUCUAAACUGUAAACACUACGUCUCAACCAUAACCAUCUUGGAAGCUGGGGCUGCUGGCUUUGGAUUGAUGGUUCUUUCCAGACAAGUGUCAAUGUAACUAUAGUUUUUAUUUAAACCUACUUCCCAGACAUUUCUGUUCCAAUGACCAUAAAGUAUUGAUGACACCGCCAACAAAGAAAACAUUUAUUUAGCACUAAAUCCUUGAUCACUGCGAGAUUCCAGGAAUGGUGGUUCUGAGCUAAUCUGAAACCAAAGAUUAAAGCGACGCAUAGAGGAGACCCAUGAUGCUUCUCAUGAUUGUUUUCUACUUGGAACCUUUAAACACUUGUGACAUACUAGACUCGGAGACCUGAAGCCUUGCUACAAAAGUCUAACUACAUAGUCACAAGGUUCUGUUCUACUGUGGGUUUAUGCAGUGAAAACACUAAAAAAAGAAAAGCCAGAAUAUUCAUCACCUUUGUUUUAUUGGUCCAUAAUAUAGCACCAAACGAAAUGUAUUUUGCUUCCCCAUUUCAUUUGGCAUUGUGCCACGCUCCAUUGGAUGGAGCAUGUGGAUAUAUCGCUCAUAGGAGAACACUUACGGUAACUGUGUGGCAGCACACAAAGUACCUACUCUUUAAUAUUUAAUUAUAGCCACCAUGUAGGCCCUUUCCACGUCUCUGCUGUGUUUAUAAAGCCUUAAGCACAGAAGUGAAGCAACAGAUCUUUUGUUUUGAACAUUGUUUUAUCAUCUAAAUAUAAUGUUGAGUAAUCUUGCAAAGCCUUUACCCACCUUAGGUUACAUCCUAUUGUACUCCAGUCUCAUCCAGACUUGCAUUCAGACAUUUACUUGCAUCACAUAGGAAUGUCUGACUGUGGUGCAUAGUUUGUUUUCCUUUGGUUCUUCAUCAGACUUGCCUGAUGUAAACACUACAUCUCCCACGAUGCACUGCAGCAGGGAAUUAUCGACUCAACUUUAUUUGUAGAUAUAGAUGGUAUAAUAAUGUUCAGAAAUUAUGUUGCACGUUAAAGCAGGUUGUAGAAUGUCAUCUGUUCAUGUUGAUCAGAACAUAAAUGUGUAAAUCUGCUUUGACUACAGAACAAGGCAUUGUGGAUUAAUAUGUAAUAUAAUAUAUUGUCCAGGCCCUCGGCAUAGAGCAAUAUACAACUGUUACACUUUUUUUUUUAUAUAUACUGUAAAAAAACAAGACGAGAAUAUAAGGAUCUGAUCUCAAAAUGUAAUGAUUAUAAAAUUUCUACUGUGUAACUGACUUCUAAAGAGACACUAAGCCUUAAAUAUAGUGAUAGUCAGCACAAACAUCACCAGACAGUGUAUAGAGAGACUUGGGUUUUACAUGUUUACCUUUAACACCCCCCCCAAUUAUAUAUAUAAGAUCUGCAGUGGCCUUUUUCAUAUGGCCUACUUGUGCGCUGAAAGCCAAACUUUUUUUUUUUUUUU